GAGUCCCCCUCUUCACGCUAAUCACCCCAAAACACAAAGCCAAGAAAAACUAGAAAGGGAGAGGGAGAGGAGAUAUAAUUAAGGGCAGGGGAAGGGCCAAGGAAGGAGAUCACAGGACUCACACUCCCUGCACCCUUCCUUGUUUUCCCUUUUCCUUUUUAUCAAUCUCUGCCACCUUUAAUAAAUAGAGUUGGGGAGGGAGUGGGGAAAUGGCGAGUUGGUUGCGGAGGAGGAAGAGCGAGGAGAGGAGGAGGGGAGGGGAAGAGAAGAAGGUGGUGCUGGACGGGACGAAGAUAAGGGAGCUGGUGGAGAACAAGGAGGCAUUCACCAGCUUCGUGGAGCACAAGUUCCAGGAGCUGGAUGUCAACGAUGACGGCAAGCUCUCCCUCGAGGAGCUCCAGCCUGCCGUUGUCAACAUCGGCGCCGCCCUCGGCCUCUCGGCCCAGGGCACCUCGCCGGACUCCGACCACAUCUACUCUGAGGUUUUGAAUGAAUUCACACAUGGAAAGCGAGAAGUAGCGAGCAAGUCCGAGUUCAAGGAGGUACUUUCUGAUAUUUUGUUGGGCAUGGCAGCUGGGCUUAAAAGGGAUCCAAUCGUGAUCUUGAGGAUUGAUGGAGAAGAUCUGAAGGAGUUUGUUGAGAGCCCAAAAUUUGAACCAGAGGCAAUUGCCAUAUUCUCACAGGUGGAGUCGACAAAUGAGUCUCUCCACAAGCUCCUGACAGUGGGUCUUCAACAACUCACGGUUGAGCAUGGCAUGCCUCCAGAUUCUGACUCUUGGGUCAUGAGCAACAUUGUGGAGCCUGCAUUACAAUCACUUUCUACCGGCCGGCUUGAACAGCCUGCUUCUCAAGAGAUCUUCUUAGAAGAAUUUAAGAAGCUUUUGAACAGCAUCAUCCAGCACCUCCAAGGACACCCUGUCAUCGUUGCCCACAGUGAAAACACCUUUGAUGGGAGUGGCAUCAAGAGACUAUUGUCCAACAAAUUUGAAUUGGAAAAGUUGUUUGAUUUGGUGUGGAGAGACCUACCGAAGGAUCAGCAUCAGAAAACAUCAAAGAACUAUCUUCGUGUUGCGCUGGAUGGGAUGGCUUCCUCUGAAGAUUUACCUCCUCAUGGUGCUGUUGAUCAGGUUGAUGCUUUUGUGAAUGACGCCUUCAAAAUGGCAAAUGCAGACGAUGGGAAGAUUGUGGAUGAAGCAGAGUUCAAGAAAACAUUAACCGAGAUUCUUGGGAGCCUUAUGUUGCAGCUGGAGGGCAACCCCAUAUCUGUUUCAUCCAACUCAGUGGUUCAUGGGCCUCUAGAGUCUUCAUCUACUGCCUUCUUUCCUCCCUCGUCACUGUCUGGUUCCCAAAGUGAGGGUGAUUAACCUAGAUCAAUAGUAAAAGAACGACCAGCGAUUACAUCAAGGACUUCAUAGAAGUUAUCUAAUUUCCUUAAUAUAAAUGGACUAGUUGAUAAUAUGCUGUAUUUGUCGCCCCAAUUCACACUCACCUUUCCCCACAAGUUUUUGGGGCAGAAAAUCAUAAUACAUAUAUGUUUGCAGACGAUGAUAAUAACUUAAGUUGGGUAAAAGGACAUGCUCUGAUAUUUAUGGUUACCAAACUUAGAUUUUAUAUGAAGUUAAAGUCAUCGUCCAGAGAAA